UAUUAAUGAUUACUUCAUCGAAGAUUUUGAAGGUGAUGCAUGAUGAUUUUCAAAAAUGGUUUAACAAAUUUAUUGAGCAAAAUCUACGCAUGAAAGAAGGCUUCAACAAAGUUGGAGAAAUCCUUCGAGAAGAAAAAUCCAAAACCAGUAGUGCUAAGGCUCGGCUAGCAACAUACUGCGUUGAGGGAGAUGUGCAGUUACGGUGCCAACUACCAAAUAUAAACAAAGAGGUGCUCACUUGUGACUUGUUCAAGAAAGAGUUGCAAGAACAUGAGUUGCUCAAGUGGGAAUCGUUUAAAAAAUUGUUACAGUUCGGUCCAAUCCAAUUUAUCCUUUAUGAAGUAAAGUUUAAGUCUCAACUUGAAGCAAGGAAGUUGAUUGAUCACAUUACUUGUUACAAGGCUAUGGAAGUUGAGAGAUGCAGAUUUUGCAUGGGGUCUGGCAGUGUGACAGUAGAGCUUGGUGGGGGGGAGAAAGAAGUCUCACGAUGCAUCAACUGUGAUGGUGUUGGUUCCUUAACGUGCACCACAUGUCAAGGCACUGGCAUUCAACCUCGGUACCUUGAUCGCAGAGAAUUCAAAGAUGAUGACUAG